CGCACCUCCGGUGUCCCAGUUCUGUUGCAGGUGAGUUCAGGAGGAGUAGCGGCGCUGCCACAGAGGCGUGUGUGCAGUGAACUGUGAACCCUACACCUGUCUCAGCUUACCUGUACGAACAGAAAAGAAAAUAAUCCUUGAAGACGCUUUUUAAAACAGGCAGCGGGGGAAGAAACAUACCCAUCUAGAUCAGGUGUUCUUUUAACGUAUACCUGGGCGAUAUGAAAAUGCACUUUAUGAGACUCGGACGCUGUUCCUGUGCCUUUUGGCUAGCGGUCGCUUUUGAUAUCUUGGGACUUGGAAUAUUGCUGCUGGGGGUGUCUGGCAAUUUAUUUUUUUACGAUUUUCUUAUUUACGCCGGAGCCAUUAUCAUAUUCCUCAGUCUGAUCUGGUGGGUGGUGUGGUACACUGGCAACAUAGAGGUGCCACCGGAACAGUUGGAAGACGAUGUCGGUCUUUUGAAGAAGGACAGUGGGGUUGUGGGGCUCGUGAGGAGGCUCUCGAGCCGCCUAACCAACGGUUUCAGAUCGUCUUUCAGAAGCAAUAAAAGGGCCAACGGACAAAGCGGUAAUCCCCAAACCCAGCGAUCGCCACAAGCGGGUCCAUCGCAUCAGCCAGUGGCACAGCCUGGUGUGUAUACGGUCUCUGCUGCCUUUGCUAGUGAGGUACAACCGAACCACCCAGCCAUGCAAAUAUCAGCCAUAUAGAAAGGGAAAUCCACGUUAACUGGGCAACAAUCGUAUCGAUAAGCCAUGUACCCUGCCAAACAAACUUUUUACUGAAUGGACUUGAGGGCCUGAAAAUGGACGUCAGUAUUUCUAGUUUUCCCUGUGAAAUGCAUAGUUUAAUUUAAACGUUCACAAGUGCCUCUCAUCAACAUUUCUGGAGUUUGACCUGUCUGUAGAAACACAGAUUUGAUUUCAAUCCUGAUUAUCUGGUGGAUGAAUUUAUUUAUGUACCGUGACCAAUUUUAUACAUUCAAAUUUGUUACAAAAAACGUUUUCAUGUGUCUUGUAUUCAGCCAAAAAUAAAUAAAUAAAAUAUUUCUAAAUAAUUCAUGAGGUAACAUUUUUCAUUCUAGAUGUUUCUGUCUAUCCAUGUUUCUGAAAAUAUCUGUAUAAUGUUGUCACUGAUUUGCAAUACCCAUACAUAAAGAUACAGCUUCUA